AUGCGCUACUCUUUUCUUUCCCCAGCGCUAGCACUCGUCUUUGCCUCGUCCGUCUUUGCUGACGCCGACGCUGCCCCUUCUAACGUCCUCAGCCUUACCGCCGCUGACUUUGACGAUAUCGUCAACCCCGAGCCCCUCACUCUUGUAGAGUUCUUUGCUCCAUGGUGUGGACACUGCAAAGCUCUGGCUCCUCAUUAUGAAGAGGCUGCCACGGAACUUAAAGAGAAAAAUAUCAAGCUCGCCAAAGUCGACUGCGUGGACCAGGCUGAUCUCUGUCAAGCAAACGGUAUUGGUGGCUAUCCCACACUGCGAGUAUACAAAAACGGCCAAUACGCCGACUACAAUGGCCCUCGCAAGGCUGAUGGCAUCGUCGCCUACAUGAUCAAACAGUCCCUUCCCGCCGUCUCCACCGUCACUGCCGAAAACCACGUUGAAUUCCAGUCUGCCGACAAAGUUGUCGCUAUCGCCUAUGUCUCAGAUACAUCAGACUCUCUGGCCGUCGAGUUCGCCAAGACUGCAGACGCCCACCGCGAUGACUACCUCUUUGGCCAAUCCUCUGACCCACAAGUACUCGCCUCCCUCGGUGUAUCUGCCCCCGCCCUCUUCGUCUACCGCUCUUUUGACGCCCCCAGUGUCGAAUUCCCUUACCCAAUCGCCUCCGCCACAUCCAAAGACAUUGCAGAAUGGCUCGAAGAACUCGCCAUCCCCAUCAUCGACGAAGUCAACGGGGACAACUACGCCGUUUACGCUCAAAGCCAAAAACCCCUUGCAUACCUGUUCCUCGAUCCCUCCGACGAAGGAAAGGAUGCCAAACUCGCAGAAAUCAGACCAGUCGCUGAAAAGUUCAAGUCCAAGGUCAACUUCGUUUGGAUUGACGCUGUCAAGUUCGGUGACCACGCCAAGGCUCUUAACCUCCAAGAGGCUAAGUGGCCUAGCUUUGUUGUGCAAAACCUGAAGCAGCAGCUCAAGUACCCAUACGACCAGAGCAAGGAGGUCACCGCUGCUGCUGUUGAGGAAUGGGUCCAGCAGUACCUUGAGGACAAGCUUACUCCCGAACUUAAGAGCCAGCCUAUUCCCGAGUCUCAAGACGAGAGUGUCUUCACUCUCGUCGGAAAGCAGUUUGAUGAAGUCGUUUUUGAUGACAGCAAGGAUGUCUUCGUUGAAUUCUAUGCCACAUGGUGCGGACACUGCAAACGCCUCAAGCCCACUUGGGACAACCUCGGUGACCACUUUGCGGCUCAAAAGGACAAGAUCUUGAUGUAUGCCGUCUCUUACCCUCGUUUACCCCGACUGACUUUCUGCAGUGCCAAGAUGGAAGCGACCGAAAAUGACCUCCCCCCCUCGGUUCCCUUCCGUGUCCAAGGCUUCCCAACCCUCAAAUUCAAGCCCGCUGGUAGUCGCGAGUGGCUUGACUAUGAAGGUGACCGAGGUUUCGACAGCCUCGUAGCUUACGUUACCGAGCAUGCCAACAACAACUUGACCAAGGUUGUCGUUCCUGAGGAGGAGCCUGCUCAAGUACCCCUUGGAGACGCUUCCGAAAACAUGUUGACGACGACGCCAUCGGAGCAUGACGAGCUGUAAUGUAAUCUAUCUUGUAAAUGUAUAAGCC